UUUUUUUUUUUUGAGUACACAGUGAUUGUGAAAUAAAGCCCCAACGCUGAGGUGUUUCUUCAUAAGCAAUUUUGACAACGGCAAAGCUCUGGCACCUUGGAGGAAUAUUCUUCUCUUUCCUUUAACAACCUCAGGUCCAGAGGAUAAAGAAAUUAACUGAGAGAGAAUCUUUCUGCAAGAUUUAAAACAUGGCGUCAGUGACUUCAGACUAUGUUAAUAGUACAGAAGCAGAUUACCUAGAUGAGGAGCUGUGCAACUUUGACCCUAACCCUGUGGAUGUCAUCACCCAGACUUACAUCUACUCUAUCAUCUGUGUCUUUGGCCUGAUUGGCAAUGCUCUAGUUAUCAUCACCUACAUAUUCUACAAGAGAACCAAGACCAUGACCGACAUCUAUCUCUUCAAUGUGGCUGUGGCAGACCUGAUCUUUGUUGUGGCCCUGCCAUUCAUCAUAUACAAUGAGCAGCACAGUUGGUCAAUGGGUCCUGUGGCUUGCAAGAUGCUAAGGUCUGCCUACAGUAUCAACCUCUACAGUGGUAUGCUCCUGCUUGCAUGCAUUAGUGGAGAUCGUUAUGUUGCUAUAGUUCAAGCUAGAAGAUCCUUUGGCGCUCGCUCACGCAUUCUGACCUACGGUCGUCUCAUCUGCUCAGCUGUUUGGAUGUUCGCAGUAGCUUUAACUCUGCCUACACUCAUCUACACCGAACUCUUCGAAGAGCUGAGUGUUGGGGCUGAGACUGACACUGUGGUGUGUCAGCUGUUUUUCAGGAGGAAUGAAACAGCAAAGCUAAUGAAGGUUCUGGUUCCCAGUCUUCAAAUGGCCAAUGGCUUCAUGCUGCCCCUGUUGGUGAUGGUGUUCUGCUACUCCAGCAUUGUGUACACCUUGCUGAGGACACAGAGCAGCCAGAGGCACAAGGCCAUCCGAGUGGUUUUGGCAGUUGUUGCGGUUUUUAUCAUUUGUCACCUUCCCUACAAUGUGGCUCUGCUGAACCACACGUUAUCUCUUUUUACUGAGAGGAGCUGUGAAGCAGAAAAGAUUAAACUCCAAGUUCUGGCUAUUUGCAGGAGCAUAGCCUACCUCCACUGCUGUCUCAAUCCCGUCCUGUAUGCCUUCGUUGGGGUGAAGUUCAGGAGCCACUUCCGGCAAAUAAUGUUGGACCUGUGGUGCUUUAGCAAAAGGUACAUCUCCACUGUUCGUUCAUCACGUGCAACGUCUGAAAUUUCAGGCCGCAUGUCUUCAGAUGGUGCCAACAACAUGUCCUCUUUCAGUGCAUGACACGGCAGAGGAACAGUGUGUGGGACAGUUAGCAGUGCCAGUGACAGAGCAACCCCGCAUCUUUCCCAAGCUGUUACUUUGUUGUAGCUGUGCAUAACUGGAGAUGAAAGCUUCUGCGCCAAAAGAAUUAAAAUAAAACGUAGUGUCUUUGAAAUCUGCUGAGAAAACUUUCAGUAUAAUGCAACACUGUAGGCUAUUCCACAUGGUUCUGAAAACCACAGUUUAUACACUCCUCUUUGACUGAAUGCAAUCUGUAUGAUGUAACCCUCCACCCCAAAAAUCAAAAAACAAUCAAAAUCAGACCAGCACACUUAUAUCCCGACUUUUGCUCUGUAAUAUGGACUAAAACAAUAACCACUGACACCACGUCUUUUUGUUCAGAAAAUGUCCCCGAGCCCAAGAGACCCAAAAAUAUAUAAAUGUUUUCACAGGCUCAUUAAACUGACAUGAAUGUGUAAAACCUGUGGAGUUCCCCUCUCAUCAUAUGACAAAAUGACAGCUGUGCAAUGGGAUUUAAAUCACAUUUUUCAUAAUAUGAUCGAGACAUUAACAUGAGAAUAAUUUGUUCAUCUUUAAUAUCCUCAUUUUAACAUAUUGUUGGACACAGGUUAAACCUUGCCAGUGAUGAAGUAGCUCUCUUCUUCUCUUUACCCAUGGAAUUAUGCUUCCAUAACAAACAUACAUUGUGAUUAAGCCCUCAUUUUUUGUUAUUGUUUUAUUGUUGUGCUUAUGUCACCAUAACAACAAAUUUUAUAUUUUCUUGUAUUUCUCUGUCUACGAUGUUGAGUGGGUUCGUUCUUUUUUCUUUUCUUUUUUUAAAUCAAGAUAAGAAGCUAACGCUUCACAUAUUGCUGAUGUUGCUAGAGUGGCGCCUAGAAACAUAUUCAUAGCCUGUUUUGUUAUGCUAUAUAAUCUUUAUCUUUUGCAUGUCUGAUUGUACUGUUUUGUCACGCUGAAUAAACGUUGUGUGGAAAAAAGAGCUUUGUCUUUAAAACAGUCAAACUGAAUUGAAAUGGAAAUUGCCAGGAAAUUUCAGCUGUGUGUCUCAAGAAGUACUGUAGAUACACAGAUACAACAAUACCUACGGGGAAACACAU